AUGACUACUAUUGCGAUCCGUACUACUACAAACUCCAGAAGUAGGUUAUUCAGCGUUUUGGCUGGUGCUGCAACUCUCGUUGCCGGUUCAGCAGGUGCAACCUACUUCUAUGAGAAUAGCAUCCGUGGCUCUAACAGAAACAAUGAUGACAAACCUCCAGGAAGGGGUAACAGUUUAAAGUUUUUCGCUGCAGCCACUCCCGCCCAAAUGGCCAAGGUAUUCAACGACAAGACUGAGAAAGACUUUCAGGAAGUGUACAAUGCAAUUGCUCAAAAGGUUCAGGACGAAGAUGAUGCUGAUGAUGGAGCCGGGAGAUAUGGUUUGUUGUGUCGCUUGGCAUGGCACAGUUCGGGAACUUAUGACAAAAAGAAGAAUACUGGCGGUUCUUACAGUGGAUCUAUGAUCUAUGCGCCCGAAUCCGUGGAUCCGGAAAACGCAGGUUUGGAUUCGGGAAGAGACUUCCUCAAUGAAUUUCACUACCAGUUUCCGUGGAUUAGUAGAGGUGAUUUAUGGACCCUUGGUGGUGUCGUUGCAGUGCAGGAGGCAGGCGGACCAAAAAUCAGAUGGAGGCCCGGAAGAGUUGAUUGUACAAAGGCCGAGAAAGAGAAGAUUCCAGAGAAUGGUAAUUUACCUGACGCCUCGCAAGAGCUGGGUGCAUAUGUGAGGAAGAUCUUCAAUCGUUUGGGAUUCGACGACAGAGAGAUGGUUGCUUUGAUUGGUGCUCAUGCCUUAGGAAAGUGCCAUACAUACAGAUCAGGUUAUGACGGCCCAUGGGGACCUUCCCCAAACAUGUUCACCAAUGACUUUUUCGUGAGAUUAUUGCAGAAGUGGCACAUUCGUGAUUGGGAUGGUAAAAGACAAUAUCAGGAUGACGAGACAGAGUCUUUCAUGAUGUUGCCUACGGAUAUGGUCUUGAAAGAGGACAGCAAAUUUCUUAAGUAUGUCAAGCUUUAUGCUGGUGAUCAAGAUUUGUUCUUUGCCGACUUUUCCAAAGCAUUCACCAGAUUACUCGAGAAUGGAAUUGAGUUCGCCAAGGAGACUCCGUACUACGAAUUCAAGACUUUGGAGGAACAAAGCGAGUAA